GAUGUAACACCUGACCUUUCCGCUCUUUGAUUUGCCAUUCACCCUUUUUCUUCUGUUCUCUGUUCUCGAAUCCCAAUUUCCUCCGUUAGUGUCUAUUCCCACUACUUCAAUAUAUAUAAAAAAAAAAGCUAUUUUAUUUUUCUAAAAACAAUUAAACUUUUUCUUCUUCUUUUUUUUGGCCUUUUUGGUCAUUCCCAUUUCCCAAAUCAUCUUCUUGAUUGUUAAAAUAAGUACCCUUUUUUCAGUUCUUUAUGAUUUAUUUUGUUUCAUAGUUUCUAGAACUAGGAAAUGGCUUCCAUUGGCGGUUCUUCCACUAUCAUCAUUGAAGGAAAAAGUAGACAUGUUUUCACUUCCUCAACUUUGAGUCCAACAAAGAUUGAAAAUUUGGCUGUUUUUAGUGGUUCAACUAGUGGGGUUUCUUUGUUUUGUAAUAGAGGGCAGCUUUGGAGGCUUAAGCCUGUGAGAAUUGCUGGUGAUGACCCAGAGGGUUCACUUCAGUUUACAAUUAAGAAGAGCAAGAAGAUUGCAGAAAGAAGGAAAUUGGUUUCAUCCAUAAAAAGUAAUAUUACUGACUUAGAUGAAGAUGAAGCUUUUCAUGAGCAGAGGGAUAAGUCACUUCCUGAUGUGGAGCUCACUUCAAGCAGCUCUAUUAGUACAGUUGAAGACAAAAAUGGGAGCAUUCUUUCAAGCAGUCAUGUUACUUCAACUGUGAAGGACGUAUCGGAGAUACGACCUUCAGAUGAAGUUGAUGAUGAACCUGAAGUACAUUUGACUUCAGAAAAGGCCUCCUCAGAUUUAGGUUCUACCAAACUGCUGAAAACCACUGAUUUGAAAGCUUUUAAGUCUGACGUGCUUCCUUCUUUUCCCUCAAGUUCCUCUGAUGCUGUCCUACUUACAUCUAUUGAGAAUGAAAAUUCGACCAAAGCAAGCCUAGAAAUGGUUGGUGAGUUACAUGAUCCUGCGGUUGAAAGUACAAAACCCCCACCACUAGCCGGUGCAAACGUCAUGAACAUUAUAUUAGUAGCUAUAGAAUGUGCCCCAUGGUCUAAAACAGGUGGGCUUGGAGAUGUUGCCGGCUCUUUACCAAAGGCUUUGGCUAGAAGGGGACACAGGGUUAUGGUUGUGGCACCUCGAUAUGCUGAGUAUGUUGAACCUCAAGAUAUAGGAGUUCGAAAGAAGUAUAAGGUGGAUGGUCAGGAUAUGGAAGUAUCAUAUUUCCACGCCUAUAUUGAUGGUGUGGAUUUCAUAUUCAUGGAUACUCCUAUGUUUCGCCAUAUGCAGUAUAACAUUUAUGCAGGAAAACGGCAGGAUAUUUUGAAGCGCAUGGUAUUGUUUUGCAAGGCAGCUGUUGAGGUUCCUUGGUAUGUUCCAUGUGGAGGUGUCUGCUAUGGAGAUGGAAAUCUGGUUUUCAUUGCUAAUGAUUGGCAUACCGCCUUGUUGCCAGUCUACUUGAAGGCUAAUUAUCGAGACAAUGGUUUGAUGUCCUUCACUAGAUCCAUUCUCGUUGUCCAUAAUAUUGCUCACCAGGGGCGGGGGCCCAUGGAGGAUUUUUGUUUUGUCGGUCUACCAGAUCACUACAAGGACCUUUUCAAGUUAUAUGACCCUGUCGGAGGUGAGCACUUCAAUAUCUUUGCAGCAGGACUAAAGACAGCAGACAGAGUGGUCACAGUUAGCCAUGGAUAUGCUUGGGAGAUUAGAACUUUGGAAGGUGGUUGGGGUUUGCAUGGGAUCAUAAAUGAAUGUGACUGGAAAUUGCAAGGUAUAGUGAACGGAAUCGAUAUGGAGGACUGGAAUCCACAACAUGAUGUUCACCUCAAAUCAGAUGGUUAUACUAACUACUCCAUCGAAACACUGCAGCCUGGCAAGGCUCAGUGCAAGGCAGCCUUGCAGAAGGAGCUCGGGCUACCUGUUCGUGAAGAUGUCCCACUGAUUGGUUUUAUUGGGAGACUGGAUCAUCAAAAGGGUGUCGAUAUAAUUGCUGAGGCAAUUCCCUGGAUGAUGGACCAGGAUGUGCAAUUAGUCAUGUUAGGCACUGGCAGACAGGACUUGGAAGAGCUGCUUAGGCAGUUUGAAGGCCAACAUCAUGACAAAGUCCGGGGGUGGGUAGGGUUUUCUGUAGAGACAGCUCAUCGUAUAACAGCUGGGGCGGAUAUUUUACUCAUGCCAUCAAGAUUUGAACCCUGUGGACUGAACCAACUGUAUGCUAUGUGCUAUGGAACAAUUCCAGUUGUUCAUGCUGUCGGUGGGUUGAGGGACACAGUGCAGCCUUUCAAUCCAUUUGCAGAGUCGGGGUUUGGUUGGACAUUCGACAGCGCUGAUGCAAGUAAGUUGAUACAUGCGUUAGGGAACUGCUUGUUGACAUAUCGUGAGUACAAAGAGAGUUGGGACGGACUUCGAAGACGGGGUAUGAUGCAAGACCUCAGUUGGGACAAUGCUGCUCAGAAAUAUGAGGAGGUCCUUGUUGCUGCCAAAUACCAAUGGUGAGCCAUCUUUGACUUAAACAUUCUAUCGAUUUCUGAGUUGGUUGACAUGGUGGAAAUCCCGACGGAAUUGAUAGCCAAGUAGGUGAGUUGGCAGAAAUCCUGGUACGAAGUAGUUGCAGCGAUGAGCUUGUUCCUGAAAAUGCUGCAAGUGUAGAUAAAUAAAUUUGGACUUUCUUUCAGUUUUCUGUUCAAAGGUUAGUAGAAAGCUUACUAUUACCAUUGUUAAUAUGAGGUGAGCUUGUUGGCUUUUUAAUCUUCCAAAUAAAUUUCUACUGUAUUAGUCUUUUAUUGCUUGAAAAAAGCUUCUAAAAGUUUGAACA